CAUCAGUUUAUGCAUAUUUAAAUGGUUAUAAUGAAACACACCUACAAUUUCAUAGUUACUGUGUGUGUGUGUGUGUGUGUGUGUUCUUUUUCCCUGAAGUUAUCGAGAAUAUGAUGUUGCCUCAGAACGAUACAGAGCCAGUAUUGAGAUCAUUAGAUGUACUUCACCAAAAACAAAAUUUGAAGUUGUUUGAUUAAACAAGUCAAUUGAAAUGGGUAGCCAGCUGCUCACAGUCCCUUAAUUCCUCAAGGUCACAGAUAAAAUAACGAUGGUGUCUAGAAUCCCCAUCUCCCCAUCUACUGACUGCCAUUGGUAAGCCCUACCAUUUUCUAGCAGUUAAGUGCAGUCUGGGUUUCCCCAAAGUGGUUGGAGAAUUCUUGUCCCUUGAACUUCUCAUUGGCUUUCACAUCCAAUCCUAAGAUGAUGCAAUACAAGGAAGUAUACCUCCUGGAACUGUUGCCAGGUGACCAUGACAUCAUAGAAUAGCCCAACAGUGUGGUCUCAAGAUGUUUGAAGCAUUGCUAAAAGAUUUAACUGAUAAAGAAUCGGAUGAAAAUUUCUGCACAAUUGAAAUCCAAGCAGCAUUUAUUCUCUCCUCCUUUGUGACUUUCUUCGGGGGACUCAUCAUCUUACUCACUUCCAGAUUAAUCUUUAGAGUCUCAAAAAGAUGUGGAGACAUCAGGUGUACAGGAAUAAUCUUGGGUCUGUUCACAUCAAGGAAUAUCGGCCUUAACCCUUUAAAAAGAGUUUACUUUUAUAGAAUGUUUCGUAAUCGUAUAGAAAUGCUGCUUUCUGCACAGACCAUCGUGGGGCAAGUGUUGGUGAUCCUUGUCUUUGUACUAAGCAUCGGCUCUCUUAUAAUCUAUUUCAUCAAUUCAACAGACCCCAUUGGAAGGUGUACUUCAUAUGAAGACAAAACGGUCUCUGUUGAUUUGGGUUUCAAUGCUUUCUUUAGUUUCUACUUUGGGUUGAGGUUUUGGGCAGCUGAAGACAAGAUCAAGUUCUGGUUGGAGAUGAAUUCAAUUGUAGACAUUUUCACUAUCCCACCAACCUUUAUUUCUUAUUAUUUGAAGAGUAAUUGGCUAGGUUUAAGGUUUCUAAGAGCUUUGCGGUUGCUCGAACUCCCUAAAAUCUUACAUAUCCUCCAAAUCAUCAAGAGCAGUAAUUCAGUGAAGCUUUCCAAACUCUUGUCAAUACUUCUCAGUACCUGGUUCACAGCUGCAGGGUUCCUUCAUCUGGUGGAAAAUUCUGGUGACCCCUGGCUCCAUGGUAGAAAUUCACAGCCUAUGUCAUACUUUGAGUCCGUUUAUCUGGUAACAGCAACGAUGUCAACUGUUGGCUUUGGGGAUGUGGUAGCCAAGACAUCCCUAGGACGAACUUUCAUUGUUUUCUUCACCCUUGGAAGUCUGGUACUAUUUGCAAAUUACAUCCCAGAAAUGGUGGAGCUUCUUACCAACAGGAGGAAAUUCACCAAGCCCUAUGAAGCAGUGAAAGGAAAGAAGUUCAUCGUGGUCUGUGGAAACAUCACGAUUGACAGUGUGACUGCCUUUCUGAGGAACUUUCUCCGCCAUAAGUCAGGAGUAAUCAACACUGAGGUUGUGUUCCUUGGAGAGGCUCCUCCAUCCUUGGAACUGGAGACCUUACUGAAGUGCUACUUUUUCUGCACGACGUUUGUAUGCGGCUCCGCACUGAAGUUUGAGGAUCUGAAGCGAGUUGCAGUGGAGUCUGCAGAAGCUUGCCUGAUUCUAGCCAACCCUUUGUGCAGUGACUCACAUGCUGAGGACAACUCCAACAUCAUGAGGGUGCUUUCUAUCAAGAACUAUAAUUCCCAGGUCAGAGUCAUCAUUCAGAUCCUUCAGUCCCACAACAAGGUUUUCCUGUCUAAGAUCCCCACCUGGAAUUGGAGCGCUGGGGACAACAUCAUCUGCUUCGCGGAGCUAAAGCUGGGGUUUAUCGCCCAGGGUUGCUUGGUGCCAGGCCUGUGCACCUUUCUCACGACCCUGUUUAUCGAACAGAACCAAAAGGUUUUUCCUAAACAUCCCUGGCAAAAAUAUUUCUUGAAUAGCUUGAAGAACAAAAUUGUGACACAGCGCCUCUCUGAUGACUUCGUUGGGAUGACAUUUCCUGAGGUCUGCCGGCUUUGCUUUGUGAAGAUGAAUCUCAUGCUGAUCGCCAUACAGCACAAGUCCAUCUUUAACAAUUGCUGUAGUCUUUUGCUAAAUCCCUCAGCACAAGUGAAGCUGAAUAAGGACACCCUCGGGUUCUUUAUUGCCGAAUCCUCACAAGUUGCCAAAAGGGCCUUCUUUUAUUGUUCCUCCUGUCACUGUAAUGUGAACACCCCUGAGCUGAUCGAAGAAUGUGGCUGCAAAAACAGGAGCCAGGAACAACUUGCAGGGCCGGACAUCGUGGUGAUGAAAAGCAACAGUAAAUCUGCCUGCAGUUCGGAAAAUCAGGAUCUUAUUUCAGAAGAACAUGAGAGCUUGCUCACCAUCACAAGCCUUAAGAAUAGGAACAUGACAAAUGACACAGUGGAUGACGCUGAGCAGCUGGACAGCAGUGGCUUGUUUCACUGGUGCAAGUCAAUGCCCUUGGACAAGGUGGUUCUGAAACGAACUGACAAGCCAAAACAUGAGUUUCGGAACCACAUUAUAGCAUGCGUGUUUGGAGAUGCCCACUCAGCCCUGGUGGGGCUUCAGAACUUUGUGAUGCCUCUGAGAGCCAGCAACUAUACCCGGCGGGAGCUGAAGGACAUUGUGUUUAUCGGGGCUCUGGAAUACUUCCAGAGAGAAUGGCGAUUUCUCCGGAACUUUCCCCAGAUAUAUAUCAUGCCUGGCUCUGCACUCUACACUGGCGAUCUGCAUGCAGUCAACAUAGAGCAGUGCUCUAUGUGCGCCAUCUUAGCCUCCCCGUCCAAGGCACUGAGCAGCCAGAUUCUGGUGGACACUGAGACUAUCAUGGCCACCCUCAACAUCCAGUCCUUUCGGGUCAGCUACCCUACCCAGGUGUCUUCAGUGCCAGACACAAGGGCUGCAUCUACCUUCAAUAAAUAUGGCCAAAAAAUAUACAAGAGGAUCCCCAUUCUCACUGAACUGAAGAACCCCUCCAACAUCCACUUUAUCGAGCAGAUUGGAGGGCUGGAUGGGACACUCAAAGGAACCAGCCUGCAUCUCAGCACUUCCUUCUCCACGGGUGCCGUCUUUUCAGGCAACUUCUUGGAUUCUCUUCUGGCCACGGCCUUCUACAACUAUCAUGUCCUGGAGUUACUUCAGAUGCUAGUAACAGGUGGCAUCAGUGCUCAGAUGGAGCAGUGUUUGGUUAAGGAGAAGUACUACGGGAUACAUGAAGGCUGUGCCACAGUCUUGUCUGGGAGGGCACGGUGUAAGCUGGGGCUUCUCUCUUUAGACCAAACCAUUCUAUCAGACAUUGAGCCAAGAAAAACCUUUGGACAACUCUUCUGUGGCUCACUAGAUAAUUAUGGGAUCCUAUGUGUUGGCUUAUACCGUGUGAUGGAUGAGCAGGGACACAACCCAGAACACAAAAGGUUUGUAAUUACCAGGCCGGCUAAUGAGUGCUGCCUGCUGCCCUCAGACCUCGUGUUUUGCGCCAUCCCGUUUAGCACCGACUGUUACAAGACGGAAAACGUUCCUUCAGCUCAGAUUCUCGAUAACCUUACCAAUGUAAUGUCAGUGGCCCCAGAGACGCAUCUGAGCAUCCAGCAUCUUUCCAAACUCGGCACGGGGAUAGAGAAGACGUCUCAUCACACCAACUCCCGAGUCUAUCCUUUGGAGUCAUUCACUACCAGUGAUUUUAAUCUAAUAAGAUAAGAACAGAAGUGUGCUGUUCUUGUGCCCACUGCUUAGUAGUUGACGAGUCGGAAAGCCCACACCGCUGUGGAACAGACCGUCUUAUCCCACUGGACCUGGUAUGAUGAAUAAAGAUGUACGUGACAAACGGUAAUAAAGGGAGGUCCACGCUCUUUCCCUUGAGCAAGACAUGGGUUCCUUUGAGCUGAAAUAAGAAGUCCUCCCCAUGGACAGAUGCCGACAGGAACCAGAACUAGUUUGUCUAUGAAUAAGACCUAGGUCCAUGCCUGGAACAAGUAUUAGGAAUAUUUUUGGAUCAUCCUGAAGCAGGGAAUCCGCAGAAUUUGGAUGACGUGGGUAAGAGGGAUGAGUUCUUUUUAGAAGGUACGCUCCUUGCUCUUGGGCACUGCAGUUGUUUCAAACUGCCAAGGCCAUGGAGAUGACAAAAGGUCUUAUCCAUUUUAUGUUGGCCAACCACUCCUAGGCAUGGGUGGGGCCUGCCCUGCAGUGUGGUUAAUAUGCCCAGUGAGACUCCGUUGGAACACACUGAUUUUGCCUUUGCCAGCAGGCAUCAAUUACUGGUAGCUUCUUCAUUAGGGGUGGGAGCCCGAGUCUACUCCCUCUCUUAGCACCGGGACCUCAUCGAGCUUGAACCUGUGCAGGUCUUCUAUGCGCUGCCAGUCUUUGUGAGCCCAUGACAAUCAGUCCUGUGUAUCUGGAAGACACUUGCUUUGUUUUGGUGUUUUUUGUCUUCCUGGAUGUUUUUGGUUGUUUCUUUUGUUUUUUCAUUUUUGUGUUUUGUUUUAUUGAAAGAGAGAGGAAUAAAAUAAAUUUGGGUGGGGAAGGAGGUAGGAUCUACGAGGAGUUAAGGGAGAGGAAAACAUGAUCAAAAUUUAUUGUAUAAAACAAUUUAAUAAUAAUAAUAAAGUCCUAUCCAGAGCCCGGG